GAUUGAGAGAAGGUACCCAAUUAGGUUAGGUUUUAUUUGAGUCCUUAAUUUGCAGCUUCUUCUUUUUCUUUUCUCAUCACUCGAUUGCAUUAAAGCCAUAGACUUUAUUUGAUUCGAAUGAAAUUGGAAACAACCCACAUCACCAUUUUACUUUAAUAUCUCUCAUUUUCUUUAGAAUUGAUGGAUUGGCAGAGUGAGUGAAAACAGACAUGGAAGAAGAAGACAACAACAACAGCAGCAGCAGCAGCAAGAACAAGGUUGAUAAGUUCAAAAUUGGGUCUUUACCAACUCUAAUGUACAUACCUGACUUCAUAACACAUGAUCAACAAACCCUUCUUUUGAACAAUAUCAAUGGAGCUCCUCAUUCAAAGUGGAAGUCCUUGAAGAAUAGAAGGCUACAGAAUUGGGGUGGUAUUGUGCAUGAAAAGGGUCUUCUAGCCCAACCAUUGCCACCUUGGCUAGCAAAGGUUACACUGAAAAUAUGUGAAGAAACAGGAUUAUUCCCUGCACCGAUCAAUCAUGUUCUUAUCAACGAAUACCUCCCUAACCAAGGAAUCAUGCCACACCAGGACGGGCCAGCUUAUUUCCCGGUUGUGGCGAUUCUGUCUCUUGGCUCACCUGCUGUUAUGGACUUCACUCCCCAUUCAAGAUUGAUGGAAGAAAACCAUAAAGACGAUAAAACGUUGGACAAUCCCCGUCCUUUUUCGGUCCUCCUCAUGCCUUGCAGCUUACUGAUAUUCAAAGACUCGGCAUAUUCAGACUACUUGCACGGUAUAAAGGACUCCGAAUUACAAAGCUUUAAUGGGGUUGUAAAUGAAGUUGAGGCUUUAAAUUAUCAAGAGCAAGAUUCAGAAGAGGUGAAGAAUAUUCAUAGAACUAGCAAUAGAAUUUCACUAACUUGUAGAUUAGUAUUGAAAGUUCAUAAAAAUUUGUUCAAGUUUUGAAAUUUGAAUGCCCAUUUAGUUUAGCCAAAAUUAUUUAUAUGUAUGUAUUUAUGUGUCAAAACACCAUUAAUUGUGGCCAUGAAAUGAUGCACUUGCUUAAACUUCUUGAUUC